AUGUACGAGCCUCCCACCACAUUGAGUCUACACCGGUUAAGCCGGCAUAGUCUCCAAGACCGAUACGAGUCAGACGAGGAGGCUGUGUCCGAAUCCGAGGCGGGCGCCCAUGAUCUCCUCUCCUCACCGAUAGGCUCGCAUCGAGCCGGAAUCUUCGAUUCAGAUCUCAGUGCCGACGAUAUCUCUGACCGGGACGAACAUACGAUCCUGGCCCCGCCAACAGUCAAACGGACCAGACCCGUCUCAUCGGCAACCCUCAAGAGAAAUAGUACCGCCACUUUCGACGAAGAUACCUAUGUCUUCGAUCCAGAGGAACAAAUGGUCCUCGAACUGCCAGACUCUCCACCAGAACUGGCAACAAGCACCUUCUUACAGCCGCCUCUAUGCAUCUGGCCAAAGCCUCCGCUGUCGACCAGCGUUAGAUCUCGCUCGGUGUCACCCUCGUCCGUCUUCUCGUUAGAGGAGGCAGAUAUACAGGUUGCAAAGAAGAUCACCAUCCUCGAACCGCAUACUCGUCCCACGGUGGUCUUCAUCAACGCUCUAGGCCCACGAGGCAAACCCUCAAGAUCAUCCUCAAGAUCACGCCCUCCCCAUUCUCGCUCCCGCGAAAGCAGCCGACACCGUCCUCCUCCCACUAGAGCUGACAGCCGACUCGGCCUACGUUCAGCUGAGACGAUCAGCAAGUCACCGCGCCCUAAACAAACCACGAAGCAACCCACAGCAGCACCAUCCUCAACCCACACCCAAACCCAAACCCAAACCGCAGAGGAAAAUAAAGAUACCCACCCAGCACUAAGCGCAACAAUCAAUCGCGUCUCCGAAAUCCCUCAAGUCCUCUACAUCCCCGCCUCCCCACGAACAAUUCCAACGCAAGCAUACCAUCCACGUGCUUAUGCCCAAGCACCAGCCCAGUCCCAGUCCCAAGCCCAAGGUCAAGCUCAAGGUCCAACCCCCCGCCAACGCCUCACAAAACGCAGCACAACAACCCCCUUCUCCCCCUCCCCCCUCCCCCUCAUACUUCACAGAUACUACUACAGUCCCCCUAACCAAAACCCCCUCACACAACCCACACAUCCGAUCCGAAACCCCAAGCAGCAGCUACAGUGUAACAAACAUGCUCGGCACACGCUCCCCACUAGCAAUGCGUCGCACAGCCAGGAAACACUCCUGGUCGAGCGUGCAUUCGCUGACGAGUCUGCGCUCUGA